AUGGCUCUUACACAAUCAGCAGGAAAUUCUACCAACAAUGCCUUUAAGGACAAGGAAAAGCCUAUGGCUGUUCGAAAUGCCAACAUUCUGGCUGCCAGAGCUGUCGCAGAUGCAUGCAGAACCUCUCUCGGUCCCAGGGGAAUGGACAAGAUGAUUCAAGACGGCAAAGGAGGAACACUUAUCACAAACGAUGGAAGCACCAUGAUGAAGAGCAUGGCAGUUAUGCAUCCUUCUGCGAAGAUGCUGGUCGACCUUUCAGCAGCACAAGAUGUAGAGGCUGGAGACGGAACUACUUCAGUUGUGGUUAUCUGUGGAAGUCUGUUGGGUGCUGCAGAUAAAUUACUAGGAAAGGGAAUCCAUCCUUCAGUUAUUGCCGAAUCUUUCCAGAGAGCUGCUGCAGCUUCAGUUCAAAUUCUUCACGAUAUGUCGGUCCCAGUUGCUCUCAGCGACACCGCAACUCUUUUACAAGCCGCCAACACAUCUCUUUCUUCCAAAAUCGUUUCACAAUACUCAAAUCUUCUCGGCCCUAUGGCAGUAAACGCUGUUACAAAGACAAUCGAUAUUAAGACUGCAGAAAACGUGGAUUUGAAGAACAUCAGAAUAGUCAAGAAGUCAGGAGGUACCAUCGAAGAUAGUGAGAUGGUUGAGGGAGUUGUUUUGACUCAAGGUGUUUUAAAGAACGGAGGUGGACCUAUUAGAAUGGAGAAGGCAAAGAUUGGACUUAUUCAGUUUCAACUCAGUCCUCCAAAGCCUGAUAUGGAAAAUCAAAUCGUUGUUAACGACUACCGACAAAUGGAUAAGAUUUUGAAAGAAGAGCGAACAUAUUUGUUGAAUUUAGUUAAAAAGAUCAAGAAGGCGAAGUGUAACGUUUUGUUGAUCCAAAAGUCUAUCCUCCGUGAUGCUGUUAACGAACUCUCCCUCCACUUCCUCGCCAAACUCAACAUCCUCUGUAUCAAAGACAUCGAGCGUGAUGAAGUAGAAUUCAUCUGCAAAUCCACCGGCUGCAAACCUAUCGCCGACAUUGACUCUUUCACCGAAGAUAAACUCGGUUCAGCCGACCUCGUUGAGGAAGCCCAAACUUCCGGUUCCAGACUUGUCAAGAUCACCGGUACAAAGAGCGCAGGCAAGACCGUUUCCAUCGUCUGCCGUGGCGCCAACUCCCUCAUUCUCGACGAAGCCGAGCGCAGUCUUCACGAUGCUCUUUGCGUCGUUAGAUGUUUAGUCAAAAAGAAGGCAUUGAUUGCCGGUGGAGGAGCUCCAGAGAUCGAAAUCGCAUCGCAAUUAGCACAACAAGCACGAGAAUUAACCGGUACCGAAGCUAUUUGCUGGAAGGCAUUCGCUGACGCCAUGGAGGUAAUCCCCACCACUCUUGCCGAGAACGCCGGUCUCAACAGCAUCAAAGUCGUCACCGAAUUGCGCCACAAACAUGCAAACGGAGAGAAGAAUGCAGGUGUCAGUAUCAAGAGUGGAGGUGUCAAGGUUGAUAUUGCGGAUGAAAAUGUAUUGCAACCGCUUUUGGUCAGCACGAGCGCUAUUGAAUUGGCGGCUGAGACGGUGAAAAUGAUUUUACGUAUUGAUGAUAUCGCUUUAUCCAGAUAA